AUGCUUAUUGCGAUUUACGUUGAUGAUAUAAUUUUGUCUGGUGAUGAUCUUGAUGAAAUUUCUACCCUAAAGUCCUUUCUUGAUUCUCAAUUUCGUAUCAAAGAUCUGGGUGUUCUGAAUUAUUUUUUGGGGAUUGAGGUGCACUAUUCUGAUUCUGGUUUACUACUUCAUCAGAAGAAAUUCAUCCAUGAUUUACUCCAAGAUUUUCACUGUGAUGUGGUUUCUCCAGUUACUAGUCCUCUUGAUUUGUCUAUUAAAUUGAGGGCUGACAUGGGUACUUCACUUCCCAAUCCUGAGAUUUAUCGCAGUUUAGUAGGGAAGCUUAAUUUCCUUACAAAUACGAGUCUUGAUUUAUCUUUUGUUGUUCAACACUUAAGUCAGUUCCAUAAAGCUCCUUCAGAUUGCCAUAUGAAAGUUGCACUCCAUUUGUUGCGCUAUUUGAACGGGAUUUCUAUUUUGGGUGUAUUUUUUUCUAGUUCCCCUGAUCUUUCUCUUACUGCGUUCUGUGAUAGUGACUGGGAAGCAUGCCCUGACACUCAUCGCUCUAUUACUGGCUUUUGUAUUCUCUUGGGUGGGUCUUUGCUCACCUGGAAGGCUAAGAAACAGCCCGUUGUCUCACUUUUAUCUGCUGAGGCUGAAUAUCGGUCAAUUAGUAAAGUUAUGGUGAAUUGGUGUGGUUGCUGCGAUUGUUAG